CUAGUCUUCCGAAUCACAUUGGUAAAUUAACCUCUUGGAUUAGGCUGCUAGUUCUCAUCAAAGAACCAAUAAACAACAUGAAUUCAUACAUCGCCCUCGCUCUCGUGCUUUGCAUAGCUGUUGCUCAAGUACAGUCACAAGGUGCCCAGAGUGGUUUAAUGAAACCUGCGGCCAGCCCACCAGCAGUGCCUAGCUCUUCCGGUAGCGUUGCUCGUUCUAAUCCAAUGAUGGGCGGUAUGGCUCCUUGGCUGAUGAUGAGCGGUAACGACAUGAUGCGCGACAUGAUGAGAUGGAAUAUGAUGAUGAGAGGACUGCCAAUGAUGGGAGGCAACAACGCCCUGCAGAGAUGGAUGUACAUCAACGCUCUUACCGGAAACGAUAUGGGAUUCGGAAUGUUUUGAUUCCAGUAACAUCCGGCACAAAAGCGUGAAUUGGUCUUCACCUACGACGGUGUUUCGGUUACAUUAUUACUCUCAGCUGUUCGAAUAACUCUUUUAGUAUCGUUCAUACCGGGAGAGGGAACAACACUUGGAAAAUUCCAAUUUCAUUUCUUCGUUUUUCUUACCAUUUAACUUUUGAGACGUUAUACAUACAGUUGUGUUGUUUCUUAAGUUGAUCCACAUCACAGGUUGUGUUUCUUUCAAAUAUAAUUUGCAUUGUGAAUAAGCGCAUGACUCAGACAUUGCUCUGAUGAUAUUCACACUUAUAACACAUGUUCUGUGAUAUACCUCAUUCAUGUGAUGGUCUUCAUUUCCGUCGAUUACGGCGCAAGACUAUUUUUGAAAAAAAAUACUAUUGCGCUCCCUAUAUUUUAUCUCUGGGUGUAGAUAAAAGGGUUAGUUUCGAAUAAGCAAAAUGGAUUUUACACAUGCAUUAAUGUAGCAAAUGGCACCGAGAAAAUGACCAUAGAUGGAAUAUUAAAAUUCUAACUUGUGUAUGGUAAUAUCAUUGUAGUUUCUUCUAUGAUUUUCUAGUGUGACAUUAAAUUCACAGUCUAUGAUGCAGGUUACAUAUUUUGUACAUAUGUAAUUUACUCU